AUGCUUGCGUUGCCAAGAGUGAAGGAGGACUGGAAUGAAAUCGAUCCUAUAAAAAAGAAAGACAAUCUUCAUGGCAACGGGGAAGAUAAAGCACAAAGCAUGGAGACUCUGCCUCCAGGCAAAGUCCGGUGGCAGGACUUUAAUCAGGAAGCUUAUGUUGGAGUCACAAUGGUCCGAUCUGGGCAGGAUCCCUAUGCCCGGAACAAGUUUAACCAAGUGGAAAGUGAUAAGUUACGAAUGGACAGAAACAUUCCUGACACCAGACACGAUCAGUGCCAGCGGAAGCAGUGGCGGGUGGGCCUCCCAGCCACCAGUGUGGUGAUCACAUUUCACAAUGAAGCCAGGUCAGCCUUGCUGAGGACUGUGGUCAGUGUACUUAAGAAAAGCCCUCCCCACCUCAUAAAAGAAAUCAUCUUGGUGGAUGACUACAGCAAUGAUCCUGAGGACGGGGCUCUCUUGGGAAAAAUUGAGAAAGUGCGAGUUCUUAGAAAUGAUCGACGAGAAGGCUUGAUGCGCUCGAGGGUCCGUGGGGCGGAUGCUGCUCAGGCCAAGGUCCUGACAUUCCUGGACAGUCACUGUGAGUGCAACGAGCGCUGGCUGGAACCCCUCCUGGAGAGGGUGGCUGAGGACCGGACCCGGGUCGUGUCGCCCAUCAUUGAUGUCAUUAAUAUGGAUAACUUCCAGUAUGUGGGGGCCUCUGCUGACCUGAAAGGCGGUUUUGACUGGAAUUUGGUGUUCAAAUGGGAUUACAUGACCCCUGAGCAGAGAAGAGCCCGCCAAGGGAACCCAGUGGCCCCUAUAAAAACCCCCAUGAUUGCUGGAGGGCUGUUCGUGAUGGAUAAAUUCUACUUUGAAGAGUUGGGGAAAUACGACAUGAUGAUGGACGUGUGGGGAGGCGAAAACCUGGAGAUCUCCUUUCGAGUGUGGCAGUGUGGCGGCAGCCUGGAGAUCAUCCCCUGCAGUCGUGUGGGACACGUGUUCCGGAAGCAGCACCCCUACACUUUCCCUGGUGGGAGUGGCACCGUAUUUGCCCGCAACACUCGUCGGGCAGCAGAGGUGUGGAUGGAUGAAUACAAAAACUUCUAUUACGCAGCAGUGCCUUCAGCCAGGAAUGUCCCCUAUGGAAAUAUUCAGAGCAGAUUGGAACUUCGGAAGAAACUUAGUUGCAAGCCUUUCAAAUGGUACCUUGAAAACGUCUAUCCAGAAUUACGGGUUCCAGACCAUCAGGAUAUUGCUUUUGGGGCCUUGCAGCAGGGCACCAACUGCCUUGAUACCUUGGGACAUUUUGCCGAUGGUGUCGUUGGAGUAUAUGAGUGUCACAAUGCUGGGGGAAACCAGGAAUGGGCCUUAACAAAGGACAAGUCGGUGAAACACAUGGAUUUGUGCCUUACUGUGGUAGACCGCGCACCUGGCUCUCUCAUCAAGCUCCAGGGCUGCCGAGAAAAUGACAGCAGACAGAAAUGGGAGCAGAUCGAGGGCAACUCCAAGCUGCGGCAUGUGGGCAGCAACCUGUGUCUGGACAGCCGCACGGCCAAGAACGGGGGCCUGAGCGUGGAGGUGUGCGGCCCUGCCCUGUCCCAGCAGUGGAAGUUCUCGCUCAACCUGCAGCAAUAGCGGCCAAGCCGUGCACCCUGGCUCUGGCUCCGCUCGCUGAGUACUGGCGAUCACAUUCUCGAUUAUGAUUCUUAAACUUUCCACGAAACUAUAUACCUCAGUAUUCCAUCCCGUCUGAAAGUUGGAAGAACUUCAGCAGGGUGUCGGGGCUGUGUGGACACAGAAAGGAAGCGGAAAGAAGGCAAUGGCUCCUCCCUCCCGCGAGGCCUCUGCAGCCAGCGCUCCUGCCAAGCCAAGCCGGCCCCUCUCCUGCCAGCUUCCACUUGUGCUCGGGCCGACGCCCGCACACCACUCCCAGGACAAUGAUGGACACUAGGGAAGUGGCCUGCCCGCCACGUUGGAGGGCCGAAGGAGAAGAGGAUGGAGAUGCUGUGUCACAGCAGCGCGGAAGACUCGAAAUCAUGUGUGAUCUCAUCUAAUCCUUUAUGAUUCCCACCAAACUGAAUCCUAUCAUUUUGCAGAUUGACGUUGUUUCUCGCUCCGCCCCAUCCCCCCAGGGUCCCCCUACCACUCCUCCUCCAGCCCCAACUACCUUCCUAGCCCAGAUGCCCCUCCAUUAAUGUACUUGCUAUAAUUGAAUAUGAACUUUUCUAUGAUGGGACACUAAAUAUCAAUAUAUCUUAAGAAAGCAUUGACGGUCAGUUCCCCAUGGCUUCUGCAGGUUGCCAUCAUCAUGUAAAUUGUCCACCAUGCAGCCCAGACCCUUGAAAAAGGAGUUGGGGGGACUGGAGCCCUUUGAGGGUCCCGCUUGCCUCCUUGGAGCCUUAUCAGCAAGUAGGUGCUACUUUGGCCAGCUGGGUUGGGCGCCCCCAUCCCCACA